AUGAAGCUGGGACCUCUUUAUGUUUUACUCUUUGGUAUAAGCCCCGCUGCCUGUUCCUUCAGUCUCGAUGUUGUCGGAGGUCAGAGCAGUCUCUCGCCGACAACCUCAGACGCUUGCCGCUCCGCUUAUCUUGCGCCCAUCGAUUGCGAGGAGACACUCCUCCAGCUAGCCUCGUCUGGUCUAUUCAUGUUCAGCGAGCGGGAUCCCCUGGAGCUCACAUGCACAGACACCUGCAAGGAGGCGCUCGAUAAGUAUGUACAAAACGUCAAAGGCGCCUGCACAGCCCCUGGAGAUCGAGCGAUGCUCAAGGAUAAGGCCGUGGGUGUUCCUCAACCGCCAGUUGAGGUAGUGGGCGAGAUAUUUCGGUAUAUCUUUGCGUGGGGAUGUGCGAAAGAUGGCGAGAAAUGGUGUUAUAAAAGGUAUGGGUAUGGACACCCAUACUACGCCAAAUCAGAUUUUCCUUGCACGGCAGUAUGUCCAGUGAAGGCCAUGGAAGCAGCCCACGAAUAUCCAGGCUCGGACUUUCUGUUCAAGACGCACAAGCUCAGCAUGCAGUCACCUUGGUGGAGAAAUCUGUAUGCUGACGGAUGGCAGACGGUGCUCAAAUGCCGUGGCGAUGGACUGUCGUCAACCGACGACAGCGCAGCACAAAUUGCUAUGGGCAGCUCCUCAGUUCAUACUCGCAGGUCCUAA